UCUUUCUUUCUCUCGCUUUCCUCUCUCUCUCUCUCUCUUCGUACCAACCCCACCACCACCAUCACCUCCACCACCCGACGCUUCGAGAGAUUCGGAAUAGAGGUAGAGAAAUCAGAAGCACAGUUCGUGAGGGUUCUUGUUUUUAUAAUAGAUAGAUGGGUUCGCCGGCUGGUUCAGGGAACAGCUACGAUUACUCUUUCAAGAUACUGUUGAUCGGCGACUCUGGGGUGGGGAAGAGCAGUCUGCUUGUCAGCUUCAUCUCCAACCAUGCCGACGAUCUUGCCCCGACAAUCGGAGUGGAUUUUAAGAUUAAACAUCUUACAGUUGGUGGGAAGAAGCUGAAGCUCACAAUAUGGGACACUGCUGGGCAGGAGAGAUUUAGGACGCUAACUAGUUCUUAUUAUAGAGGUUCUCAAGGAAUCAUUCUAGUUUAUGAUGUGACACGGCGAGAAACUUUUACAAAUUUAGCUGAUGUAUGGGCCAAGGAAGUGGACUUAUACUCCACUAAUCAAGACUGCAUCAAAAUGCUUGUUGGAAAUAAAGUUGACAAGGAAACUGAGAGGAUGGUGACAAGAGAAGAGGGCAUUGCUUUUGCACAAGAAUAUGGAUGUUUGUUUCUUGAAUGCAGUGCAAUAACACGAGCAAAUGUGGAAAAAUGUUUCGAAGAACUUGCACUAAAGAUUCUGGAGGUUCCUAGUCUAUUGGAAGAAGGAUCUGCAGCUGUGAAGAGGAAUAUUUUGAAACAGAAACAGGAAUACCAUGCAAGCCCAGGUGGGGGCUGUUGCUCGUAAAUCAUGACAAAUGGUCCCAGACUGACCCGUUGUUCAGAAUCUCCUGAGCAGAGUAAUGACAUGCAAUCAGCUCAACAAAGCCUGCUCUAAGGUGAUGUAAAUGAGAUGUAUUGGUUUCCUCAUUCGUGUCAUGCCAAUUUAGCAGUGGGUCUGAGUGGAGAAUGAAAAAGAAUGAUUGUAUAAAUAUCCUUCUGAUUCGUUUAAAGUGCUUUCUGAUUGUAUACAUAUCCUUCUGAUUCGUUUAAAGUGCUUUCUGUUUGAUGCUUGUAUCAGUUUGAAACAUGAAAAGUUGACAGUUUAUCUGAAAAAAUUUGUAUUGCCAGUUGAAACAAGUGUUCCCAUAA